AUGCCAACACUCGAUUCGCCGAUAUUUGGAAGAUUCCGAUUGGACUCUGCGCCUAAACGACGAGCUCAACGGCAGCUUUCAACGACUGGCACACCCGCUAAACAGCCACGGAAGCCACAUACCAAAUCUCGCAAUGGGUGCUCGACAUGCAAAAGGGACCGGGUCAAGUGCGAUGAAGCUCGACCGUUCUGCGGUAGAUGUUCCAAACGCCAAGAUGUUUGUAUAUAUGAGAAGCCCUCUGGUAGACUUAGAGACGAUGAUGGUCUGCGAGGAAUGGUCCUUUGUGACCAGUCUUUAGACAACCGAGCAGAACUCGAACGUGCAGACUGGCUCAUUGAGUCUGGCCUUAAGUCCUCACUUAUCAACAUUAUUCUGAAUCAUGGUUCACCACAGCCAUUACCAAGAAAAGUAGAUACCCCUGGCACGGCCUUGACACCAAAUACACACCUAGUACAACACUUGGCCCGAUGCAUCGACACGUCAUUUCAAUCUUACCCAGGGUGCCAAUUAUUCCAUCGAUUUGUUUUGCCCAACUGUGCAGCUACUCCGGCGCUCAUGCACAGUCUCCUUGCACUAUCAGCUCGACAGCUGCAGCACCUUCAGCCUUCGUGCCGCCUUCAUGAAAGAGCCUACCUUUUCCACACACAGGUCGCUACACGAUUACUAAAUGAAGAGCUCGCACAAGCUAGCAUAGCAGCUCAAAAGCUGGACUUUAUAUUUGCUACAUGCUUGCUAAUCAAUAUGAUAUCUUUUGCAACAAAUGAGAUUGACCCUUCAAAGUCCUGGUUGUUCAUGUCUGAUAGCGCGUCCAUUGACAAUGCUCUCAACUGGUUCAUGGUACAACAAGGCAUGGGCUACUUGUCCAAAAUUCUGAGUCGCAAUCCUAACGGUAGUGUUUGGAACACAGAGCUCGACGCCGACACAUCGUGCAAUCCACUCUUUGUCAUCAGCGAUGACCUUCCGUCUUAUUCAGACUUGGAACUGAUACCCCAAAUACUAGCCGACAUCUGUUGCAUCACUGCAGAUAGCACCCCGGGCAAUAACCCGUAUUAUAUGCCGCUUGUGUUACUUUCCCGAGCCUUCCGAAUCAAGAGCUUGGGAUUCGGCAACCUCAACAGCUAUUUAUCAUUUGGCCCACAUGUACCGCAGUCGUAUCGCGUGCUGCUUCGCCAGAAAGAUGAGAGGGCACUGCUGCUUUUCAUGCUGUGGUUGAUGUUAUUCCAGGAAGAAACUUGUUGGUGGAUUAGCGCGCGCACGCGGAAUGAGUACGCAGGCGUGUCGUGGCUGCUCGGCCGCAGUGAAGACGGCAGAAUAAGAGAGGUCGCUCGAGAUCCGACGACUUUUGUCCGACCUAAUCCUUCUGGGUAG